CGAAACGGGCUGGGUUUUGUCGUACUUUUUGCAGAAAAAUAAAACUGAAUCGAAUAAAAUAAUAGUGACAACUUGUUUGCGGCUCAUUUUAUUUAUUAAUUAUAAACUUAGGUAUUCGAAAUAGUGCAUUUAUAAAUUGUUUAAAUACAGUAAUUGAUUUCUAUUAAGUUACUAGACCAAAUGGGUGCCAAAGUGUCUAGGACUGAUUUCGAGUGGGUAUACACCGAGGAACCACACGCUAGCCGCCGGAAAAUCAUCUUGGAAAAAUACCCGGAGAUAAAACAGCUGUUCGGCUAUGAUCCCUUAUUCAAAUGGGUGGUGACUGCUAUGGUGAUCACUCAGUUCAUCACUAUGCCUAUAGUCCAGCAUCUCUCCUGGCCGAUGACAAUGCUAAUGGCGUACUGCUUCGGUGGAGUGAUCAACCAUUCCCUUAUGUUAGCCAUACACGAAAUAGCUCACAACCUCGCCUUCGGUCACAACCGACCGUUUCACAACCGGCUCUUUGGAUUCUUCGCAAACCUUCCAAUCGGCAUACCGAUAUCAAUAAGCUUUAAGAAAUACCACCUGGAACACCAUAGGUAUCAAGGUGAUGAAGUCAUCGACACAGAUCUACCUACUCUGAUAGAAGCUAAAUUGUUUUGCACCACCGGUGGCAAACUGCUGUGGCUGUUCCUCCAGCCUUUGUUUUAUGCAAUCAGACCUCUGGUGGUUAGACCUAAACCACCAACGCCUCUGGAACUAAUCAACCUGGUGAUACAGCUAUUCUUCGACGCUGUUGUUGUGAAAUUGUUCGGCUGGAAGGUGUUGGCUUAUUUAAUAUUUGGAUCGUUAAUGGCGAUGGGUGUGCACCCAGUAGCUGGUCAUUUUGUCUCCGAACAUUACAUGUUCAAAAAAGGUUUCGAGACAUACUCGUAUUAUGGACCCUUAAAUUGGAUAACUUUCAACGUUGGCUACCAUAAUGAACACCAUGACUUCCCAGCGGUGCCCGGACGGCGAUUACCAGAGGUGAAACGCAUAGCCGCGGAGUUCUACGACAAUCUGCCGCAACACAACAGUUGGUCUAGUGUCCUUUACGAUUUCGUUACUGACCCAGACAUUGGUCCGUACGCUAGGAUAAAACGCAAACAUGUAGGCUUAGAUAGCUAGACGAAAAUUAAUAGUGUUUGUUGAAAUUUUACACUGGAAAAAUCUACUAAGAAUUACCGAUUUCUACCAUCGUGUACCAGUGUUGCUAUUUUAUGGAAUAUAUACCAUCCGCAUGAAAAUAUUUAUAUUAGUAUAAAUGAAACGAAUUUAUAUGUAAUAUACGCUUUUAUAUAAAAUAUUUUUUCAGUGUAAAAGUAUGUUUGAUUAUGAUAAAUAUUACAAGAUGAUAUUAUUAUGAGGUUAUUUAUUAUAUGACUAGUCUGUUAUCUCUGAAUAAUGAUUAAAGUGUCAUUAAACUAAUGAGGAAUUUAAAUGAACACAUGGGGCCACAUAACGUAGUUGCCUCAAACUGAAUUUAUAUUAAAUAGGUUUUCCACAUAUUUGUUGCUGUCUCUUUUGAUCGCACACAAUCGUAAUAUUUUAGAGCGAGCGAACUUUUAAAUCCAGCAUGUCU